CCAACUCACAACCUCUCCAACAACCAAGACACCCUCAGCUUCUCUAGAAGGACGCAAGAGUCCCAAGAUGAAGGUGGUGUUCCUGACUCUCCUCCUUGGUCUGGUUUGUGGGGCCCAGGAAACUCCAGCUGAAAUAGACCCCUCAAAGGUCACAGGAGAGUGGCGCACCAUUUAUGUGGCCGCGGAUAACAAGGAGAAGGUUGUGGAAGGGGGCCCACUGAGGUGUUAUAAUCGUCAGAUUGAAUGCAAAAAUGACUGCGAAUACCUGCUCAUUUCAUUUUAUGUCAAAUUUGACGGCAGAUGCGAGUUUUUCUCGGAAGAGCUCAAGAGACAAGAAGGCGGUAUUUACGUCAUAGAAUUCGCAGGUACAAAUUAUUUGCAAAUCAUUCAUGUAACAGACAACAUACUGGUAUUUUAUUUUGAAAACGAUGAUGGACAGAAGAUCACAAAAAUAACUGAAGCUUCUGCCAGAGGAACCAGUUUCACUCAAGAAGAACUUCAGAAGUAUAAGGAGCUGAACAGUGAAAGGGGGAUUCCAAAUGAAAAUAUUGACAAUGUCAUCGAAACAGACAACUGUCCUCCAUAAGAACAGAGAACAUCAGCUUGAAGAAAACAAAGUUAAGAAUAUGAGCAGCGUCCCAACACUAAUGGGUCACACUCAUUCGUAUGAAGAUAACAGACUUUUUCCUUGAAAUCAUCAUUUCUUCUCUCCCAGGAGGUCAUGACCCAUGACUGUCCUACUAUGAAACUCCUAGUGCUGUUGCCGAUGUUACCGGAUUUCUAAACUGAUCAAUAAACUGAUUAAUGCAC